UUUUCUCUCCCCCUACCGACUGAGUUACCCAGCCAAGUCACUCCUUUGCCCCCUCUUGAUCGGUCUUUCUCCUGCUUGGCGUUUUCUUCUUCUAGCCGUCUUUCAAUCUUCUAUUUAUACUCGUGUUCUGUGUUCCAUUUUCUCCUACCGCUAGGUUUCACGCCGACCCCCAAGUCUAAACUUCCGCCUCCUGCAACACGGUCCGACGUCCUUUCAUUUCCGCAGCUUAGUUUCCACGAUUUGUCUCCUGAAGUUGCUGUUCAUAUCUCGUCCUUAUCGGCCAACCUCUCAUGAAUUACGAAUAUGUCAACCACGACGACCACCGCUCUGGCGUCCACCAUGCUGGUCGGUACCCUGCCCACUAUGACACACGCCGGAAUGAUGCCAGGCAAGACCUGCCCGACCUGUGGAUAUGACCGACUCUCCUCGGAAAGCAGACCAAUCGAUCAAGCACAAUAUCGCGUGAAAGAAUUAGAAGGGCAACUUGAGUUUCUCAACGUCCAGGCGACACAAAUGGCCGAGAGAAUGGCCGAAUAUGAAGAAGAGAUCCGUCGCCUCCGCGCUCAAUCCACCGCACAAAGUUCCCGAAAUGGCUCCUCUAUAUCCUCCACCUCGUCGACCCAAUACAACAGAAUAACAGACCUGUCAAUGUCGCCUCCCUCGUCGCAGACCUCUCCGAAGUCACAUGGCCAACAUAGCGGGCGCUUAUCCACGCUGACCUCCCUGUUGCCCUCCCGCCGACCCGGCGCCCCGAGCGCAAUCCAGCCCCAGCCAAUAAUCUCUCCACCGCCGAUCACCAGCUACGAGGAAACAUUGGAACUACAAAACGCACUCAACCGAGAACAGAGCCUGCGCAAGGCCGCCGAAACACAAUUGUCGCAAGCCAGCACGGAGUUGGAGGAAUUGACGGCGCAACUGUUCAGCCAAGCGAAUGAGAUGGUCGCGCAGGAGCGCAAGGCAAGAGCGAGACUUGAGGAGCGGGUGGCGGUACUGGAGCGCCGGGAUGUCGAGAAGAGGACCCGACUUGAGCGCUUAGAAAAGGCAAUGGAAAGGGUCGAAAGGAUCCGAGCUAUGGUUGGCUAGCGAUUCGAAGGAUGCACACGUGAGGAUUGUGGACGCUCCGGACUAUACCCCCUUUCUGUGCCUGUCUUGUUCUGGGUCUCCGUCCAUGCUUUCAGAUUAAUACUCCCAGUCUUAUACCCAUACCCCUCUUCUGGCUUUAUUUUUGGCGCUUGGUUACUUGGUAUGCCCUUUCGAGUUUGACAUGCGAUACGACCUGAUGGGUCAAUGGGUCACCCUGCUUAUGAGUGACGAUUCUGCAUCGUGUUCUGGUGACAGGCGUUCUGUUUAUUCAUUGGUAUCCUUGCAUAAAGCGAUUGCAUUGUUUUUUUAAUCUAUGUACUCUAUUGGCUUUCCGAAGGUUAUACCUCGUCAAAAUACUCUUUCUUAU